GUAAAAAAUAUCGACGGUGGUUAAUUUCAUAGUUAAAGUAUGAUAUAUUUUUUAUACAACGUAUCUUAAACACAAAAAUAUUUUUACCAAUGGAUGGACGGUGCGUUUAUUUAUUUUUAUUGAUUUUCAUCAUAAACUUCUUGUCCGUAACAAAUGGAGAAAAAAUAUACAUUAGAGAUUCUUUAAAAGUUAAGCCAUUUGACAAUCGCCUUGGGACAAAACAGCUUUAUUCGGUAGUUGUAAAUGCAUUAAAAACAAGAUAUAAGAAUCGGAAGAUGCUCGAGGUGUCUAAAAGUCGUUAUGCAUUUCACACGGCGUGGAGAGGAAUAAAAAAUUUUUUCUGGGAAAAAGUUUUGAAUGUGUUUUGUCCUUCGAUAACCAGAGAGUUAAAAGCUAUAAGAGUACUAAAAGAUGCAUUGGUAAAAAGUAAUAGUAAAAAUGGUAUUCAAAAUAAAUUUGGUUUUACAAUUCCGUUUAAGAAAAAGCAAAACAAAGCAAAAAAAAAAACUAGUGAAGAAAAUAGUGAUGAAGAAAGCGAUGAAGAAAGCGAAGAAGAAAGCGAAGAAGGAAGUUCCGAAGAAAGCGACGAAGAAAGCGAUGAGGAAAGCAAUGCAAAAGGAAAGAAAAAAACAGCUAUAAAGGGUAAAAACGCUAAAAACAGUAAAAAGAAAGAAGAGAGUGACGAGGACGAUGAUGAUAGUGACAGUGAUGAAGAAGAUAAUAAGAAAAAGAAGACUAAUAAAAAAAGUUUAGAUGAUUUGUUUAAGUAAUUAUAAGUAAAAUAAAAAUAGAUACCUAUCAUUUUAUAACAAUACUGCAAAGAAUAAAAACAAUAUUGAAGCUUUAAAAAAAAUUAUAUUUUUUGAAAUUUCACAAAAAUAUAAUAAAACAUUUUUUUCUUUUGUCGCUAAAAUGAAUACUAUUAUUUUAUAUAAUAAAAUUACGAUCAGUUUUAUUAAUUGAUGAAAAUAGUUACAAAAUAAUUUAAUUCAUUGACUCUGAUCAACUGUACUCAAUAAGUUUAAAUUAUGUGCUUUAUGAAAAAUCGAUAACCUUUAUCAAACGUGGAAUUAAUUGUACAUAAACUUCUAAAUACAUCUAAAUACGCUUAACAUAUAGAGGUCAUAUCUGAGAUAAUACAAUAUUAUAAAUUAUUUAAAUAUUACAACUAUUGAACUAUAAUAUAGUAUAGUACAUAAUAUAUUAUAUGUAACUUAUUUUGUAUAAAAUGAUUUUUAAAUGUUUCGAAUUAACUAUAACUUAUAAGACACA